AUGCUUUGCGGCAGGCGGACGUGGUCCUGCUGCCGAUGCCGCGGCCCCGGUGAGGCAGGUAGCUCGGAACGGUCUCCUACGCCUCGCAGAGCAGUUGCCUAGCAACAGACCUAGGCCCGCCUGACCACCCGGCCGUGCGGGCUGCGCGGAGGCGGCUCAGGUUUUCACUAAAUCUGUUGGCAAUGUCUAUGAUCUUAUCUGCCUCAGUGGUCCGUGUUAGAGAUGGGCUCCCGCUAUCUGCCUCUACAGAUUAUGAGCAAAGCAUGGGAGUGCAGCAAUGUAGAAAAUAUUUUAAAACACUCUCGAAGAAGCUUGCUCAGCUUCCUGAUAGAUGUAUGCUGAAAGCUGGCCAGUAUAAUAUAAAUUUUAUUAGCUCUCUGGGAGUGAGCUACAUGAUGCUGUGCACUGAAAAUUACCCCAGUGUUCUGGCUUUCUGCUUCCUGGAUGAGCUUCAGAAAGAGUUCAUCACCACGUACAAUAUGAUGAGGACAAAUACUGCCAUCCGGCCAUACUGUUUCAUAGAGUUUGAUAAUUUUAUUCAAAGGACCAAGCAGAGAUAUAAUAACCCACGGUCUCUGUCGACAAAGAUAAAUCUUGCUGACAUGCAGACAGAAAUCAAGCUGAGACCACCUUAUCAAAUUUCCAUGUCUGAACUUGGUUCAACUAAUGGAUUUGCACACUUAUCAGCUGCAGAAUUUAAGGGUACUGGUAAGAUAUCUGCUGCUCCUCAUCAACGACUGGAAGCCGUUACUCUGCCAGGGAUUGUGUCAUUUAUACUGAGCCUGUUAUGUGGGGCUUUGAAUUUAAUUAGAGGGUUUCAUGCCAUAGAAAGUCUUCUGCAGAACGAGGGUGAAGAUUUCAGUUAUGUCAUUGCCUUUUUCCUUGGAACAGCAGCCUGCUUGUAUCAGUGUUAUUUAUUUUUAUACUGCACAGGCUGGCGGAACGUCAAAUCCUUCCUGACUUUUGGUUUAAUCUGCCUAUGUAACAUGUAUCUGUACGAACUGCGCAAUCUCUGGCAGCUCUUCUUCCACGUGACAGUGGGAGCAUUUUCAGCAUUACAGAUACGGCUAAGACAACCACAAGGGAAAUCCCCAGAUUACAAUGUCUGACCCAAGUCCUGGGACCUCCCAAGGCAGUCUCAGUCCACCCAUGGUUCCCUCUCAGGAAUGAAAAGCUUUUCUCCAAAAGAAGAAGUUGUUUUGUUUUGUUUUUUUAAAAGAUCACCGUAAGAUGCCUGUGGACGUUUGUGACUUGAGCCCUUAGACUUCUCCUUGAAGACUGAAGACACACACAAUACAGGAUUAGUGGCGGAAAAUGGGUCCUAUCCAUGCAGAGCAUUGUCCCUUGAGGACAAAUAAAAGUUUGGAGGACUUGACUGAUGAUAGCAGGAAAAAGCCUCCUUCAAAAGUAUGAUAAUGGAAAAAAAAAUAUAUAUAUACAGGGCAUGUUCUGCAUAUCAAGUGAGUGCGCCAAUUCCAAAAUCAGUUUUGCCUUUGUGAGGCAGUAGUAUAGGCUAAGAUGCUAUUGCAUAUUAGCAGACUAUAUUUGGAACGAGAGAGUUACUAAAUGUGAGCCUAUUGGAUUGCACAUUAAAUUUAAUGGAAUGUGUGUAUGUGUUUUCUUAAUUAAAGCCUAACCUGGAAACCAUCUGUUUAUGGGGAUUAGCUCCUUGGUCCCAGUGGCCUUCCAUCUAGUGCUGAGUUAACUUAAAUAUUUUUCUCUGUAUCAUUUGUUUUUAAUGAUCUUUUGAAAGUGACCUUUAUGGACAAGUUUUAUUUAAGUAAAUAACCUACAAUUCUG